AUGGCGUCUAAAGCAGAGCGCUCUCGGGCCCCUUUCUUCACGAAGUGGGCGUUUCGACGCUCGAGAAAAGCACACUGCUCUUCUUCGAAGAAUUCUAUCAUUGAAUCCCCUGCCCUGAAGACGUCAUGGGAUCCACAGCCAGAAUUGGGAAAGGCAAGUGUCGGCGUGCAGACCGACGCCCCUGCAACCAUCUUUGUGAGUACUCAGACAGAUCCGGACGCUGCUAAGCCGGCCGCAGACGAGGUGAAGGCGUUUGCGCAGCAGAACGAAGACCUUCGGGCGCGGGUCGCGGUGCUUGCCAAAGCGCAGGCGGAUGCGCGCACCGAAGCUGCCGCGCUCCGAGCAGAGAACGCCUCACUCCAGCUGAAUCUGUCCGAAACAGAGAAUGAGCACAAGAAAGAGGUCUCGGGUUUAAGGGAGGCUUUGGAGAGCCACCGGGAAGUGUGCCGGCGGUCUGACGACGAACGCGAGCGCUUUCGCUACGUGCUCGCGUGCAACGGGCAGGAGGGUUCCGUUCCGCGCAGCGUUCUGGCGUCCGCUCCGGAGUCGCUCCUGUACAAGAUUGUACUCCGGGGACUGGGACUACGCGCGCGACGACAAGGGGCGCGCGCUCUUAACGUGCCAUCCGCAACGGUGGCGCGGCACUGGAACCUGCAGCGCCUGGUGGACGGCCUGGAGGUUCCGGGCGUGACCGUUACAAACGACGCGGACUUGCGGGGGUUCAAAGCCCGCUGCACGUUUGUUUCCGUCAUGAAGCAGCUGAGCGCUGGCAAGGAAGACCUGUGCUGUGUUUUCCCAGGGCCUCAAGAGAGAUAUUGGGCGGUGGAAAUAUCCGAUAGAGGCCCUACGCUAGGGUCAGUGAUACCAAUGACUGUCCCAAAGUCAAGAUUAGGAGACCUGCAGGGGAUCAAGGUCAGGUCCAUGAAAUUCCGGCUGCUAUUGCGCUCUGAAGACCCUGUGAUGGAAAGCGCACACGAAGAGUUUCCCUGCGGAGAAGAACUAUGUAUACGGUUUGACUGGGUGACCUUGGGCGGGUACGGCUUACAGCAGAUCCUCAGCGAGCCUCUCGCAAGGGCUCCCGACAGCCUUGUGAUUGAGGUCGAAGUUCGUUAUGUCUAG